GUGUUUCUUGUGCAGUGUGUGCGCUUCUGGCAUCCAUCAAUCAGCCGACCGAAUUCGACGAGAGGAGAUAAACCAGAAAUUACCGAAAAAUUACCAAAACUCUUCCCGUUCUCCCCCGAUUUUCGACCGAUAACAGCGGAUCAAGUGCACCAUCCAAAACGCCGCUAACUUCAUUCGAAAUCCCGAAAGAGGGAAAAAGACCGCAGCAAGAGAGAGAUAGGGAGAGUGAGUGAGACAGAGAGACGGGGAAAUAACAGUUUCGACAGCUAAUAACAGUCGCUCUAUGCGUGUUUUGCCUCUGUGUUGGUGACUGUACCUUUUGGCGCCCAAAAACAUUACCGCGCAGCAACAAACAAACAAGCAGGAAAACAUUCAAACUAAUUAACCAAAUUUUCCCAAAGCGAAGUUUAAAGUAAACUCUGCGCUUCUAAAUUGACGGAUAAAUAGAAUUUUUGAAAGCACGUACGUGUCCAUGCAUUGAAUUUUGUGCCAACGAAUUUUGAAGGCAUCUCCCAUUUCGACCUAGGCACCCAAUAAAUAUACAUCUCUAAAUGCAUCAGCUAAGCAACAGUAUUUUUGCUCAACAAUAAAUUUACGAAAACUCUCAAGGCAGAAAAAUAGGAGAAAUAUUUUGAUAGCCGUGAUUAUUUUUUGCAUUUGAAUAAAAACCACUGAAGAUACGAGCAGCAAAGAGAACGCAGCGAGCUUAAGCCAACAACGUAGUACGACUAGCAAAAGACACCACCAAUUUAAUUUUAUCUAGAAAACCAUACAAUACCGCAAGCAAAGUAGCCAAAAUCUCUAUAUGUAUAGUACGUGUAUUGGUCAUUUAUGAUUGAUAUAUAGCAAAGUUAUAUUUACAAACCCACAACAUAACCGGAAGGGGAGCCCAGAAAAGACAGACAAAUCCACUGCUGCGAUACAGACCGCUGAAUACGGUCAGAUCCAGAUACAUUUUCAUCUAAACCGAGUUAAGACAAAGGCAGCAAAAUAGAUACCAUGGAAGACAAUAACACGAGCAGCAGUGCGGGCGGUGCGUCCAUCAAACACGAGGAUCCAUCGGUGACACUCACAAUAAGGCUGAUUAUGCAAGGAAAGGAAGUUGGUAGUAUUAUUGGUAAAAAGGGUGAAAUUGUCAACAGAUUUCGUGAAGAGUCUGGUGCCAAAAUCAACAUUUCGGACGGCUCAUGCCCGGAACGUAUUGUGACUGUGUCUGGUACAACUAACGCAAUCUUUUCGGCAUUUACGCUCAUUACAAAGAAGUUCGAAGAGUGGUGCUCGCAGUUCAAUGAUGUAGGCAAAGUUGGCAAAACUCAAAUACCCAUUCGAUUGAUUGUGCCCGCCAGUCAAUGUGGAUCGUUAAUUGGCAAGAGUGGUUCAAAGAUCAAGGAGAUUCGCCAGACCACAGGCUGCUCCAUCCAGGUGGCCAGUGAAAUGCUGCCCAAUUCGACAGAGCGGGCGGUUACCUUGAGCGGCAGUGCCGAGCAGAUCACCCAGUGCAUCUAUCAGAUAUGUCUUGUCAUGUUGGAGUCCCCGCCACGCGGUGCUACCAUCCCGUACCGACCAAAACCGCAGGUGACUGGCCCCGUCAUUCUGGCCAAUGGACAGGCAUUCACCAUUCAAGGAAACUACGCAGUGCCCACACAAGAGACCUGUCCAGUAUUUCCACUUGCCCUGGCUACCGGCGGUCUACAUGCUGGUAUCUCAGGCUUGGCGGAUCCUUUGUUAAAGGGGGCACAUUUACAAGGAGCGAUACCAGCACACCACCAUCACCUACAGCAAAUGCCCGAUGUGGCCAAGAACCCGCUGGCCAGUCUGGCUGCCUUAGGCCUGGCUGGGAUGAAUCCGGCCAGCACUGGGGGCAUCAACCACACAGGUGAGUUGAGCGCUUCUGCGGCCAGAUGCCAGACAGAUUUCCAAUCUAAUCUAGGCUCUGCCCCAGCAGCCUUGGCUGCACUGGCCGGGUCGCAACUGCGUACAGCGAAUCCCGCGAACCGAGCCCAGCAGCAGCAGCACGAGAUGACCGUCUCAAACGACCUGAUCGGCUGCAUCAUCGGCAAGGGUGGCACCAAGAUCGCCGAGAUUCGCCAGAUCUCCGGCGCCAUGAUCCGGAUCUCCAACUGCGAGGAGCGCGAGGGCGGCAACACCGACCGGACCAUCACCAUCAGCGGCAAUCCGGACUCGGUGGCUCUGGCCCAAUACUUAAUCAAUAUGAGUGUUGAGCUGCAGAAGGCCAAUCUCUUGGAGCAAGCCCAGGCCCAGCAGAACGGAGGUGCUGCCGCAGCUCCCGGAGCUGCUGCUGCCGGAGUGGCCGCUGUCGCCGGAGCAGCAGCUCCGACCGCGGGCACGAACGGAGCCAUCCCGACGGUGGCCCUCACCGGCGGCACAGGAGUCGUGGGCGCGGGUGGUGGCGCAGGAGCCACCGGGGUGGCCAAUGGCACUGCUCCGGCGACCAACGGCGGUGGCAGCAGCAUCUCCGCCACCGGGUACACCAGUGCCAAUGGCGGCCAGGCAACAAACGGAUCGGUCGGAGUGAAUCCGGCAGCGGCCGCCGCCCUGUCCAGUCCUCUGGCCUCGGCUCUGCAGUUGCUGACCAAGCCGGGAGCUCUGAGCGCCCUGUCCAACCUGAGCGCCCUCGAUCUGCUCAACCUGACCACGCUGGGCAACAACAACGGGGCCGGUGGCACUCCGGGCGGACCGCCGGUGCAGACGACGGGCGUGAACCGCGCCAAGGGCCACUAUGCCACCUCCCGGUUCCGGCAGCACCAAACGGAGACCGGCGGCGAGGCGGAGAAGCCGCGCAACAAGUUCAAUCCGUACUAGGAUUAGGGCUGCAGCUGCAUCAGCCGGAGAGCAGUGGAGAUAUAGUCGCUUAGUUUUAUAGGAUUUCCAUGAUAGCGUUGCGAAAGCUUUAGACUUUAGAUUCUUGAAGAAGAAGAAGCAAAAUUGUAAAAAAUUCGCUUUAAACUUAUGUGGCAUGCGUACAACAAGCUACGAACGUAUUCAUAUUGUAUUCAGAUUCGUAUUCGAAGUUUCAAGACAAUUUUUACAUCUAGUUAAAGCACAGUAUCCAAGUAAUUGAUAAACAGACCCUAUGCAAUAUGUAUCAAUGUUUUUGAAAAACAAACUAACCAGCAACAAUAAGCAGUCACACUUAGAUCGGCCGUAUAGGGCGUCUAGAGAUUAAUCGAUCAGAAUCCGAAAUCAGAAUCAAGCACUUAAACAAUAUUGUGUAUCGAAUAUAUAAGGACAGGGUUAUUUGUGUAAGGCCCGAUCGAGAUAUUUUGACCAAGUGACCAAGGACCCUAGCGGGCGCUAUAGAUUUUGGACCCUAAACUUUUGAUAAACGCCUACUAACAUAUAUACAUGGGUACAUAUUGAGUGUAUCGUAUAUAAAAGAAUUUGCCAAAUUUUAGCGCAUCCCCUAGUAUCGUUCUUCGAAGCUUUAGAUUAGAUUAGAUCGCGUUUAUAGGCGUCGAAUGCCGAAUAUCGAUAUAGAGCAGGUACCAAGCAUUGCGUUAUCCUCAACAGCCAACAAUCUUUCCCCAAUCCAUUCAUUGUAACAUAAAACACGCUCCAAUAUCUUAUAAUUCAUUAUACUCUCCUAGAUUGUAAGCACUAAACGUAUUUUUUCCCUAUACAUAUAUACGAUUAUAUUUAAACAUUAAGCAUAAAGACCCAAAAGCCAUGUGUCGAGAACAGAAGCAGCAGCAGAGAAAAGUGAAACAGACAGAAUAUGAAAUAAAAGAACCUUCUAUAAGAAGUUUACAAAGAAGAAAUUCCAAUGCGUUGAGCCCCCGAUAAGGGAGCAAUGAGAUUCGAGCUCGGAGCGAGGGGGAUCAACGACCUUUAUGGACCAAUUCGCUCUAAUUGACGCAAUCCACGCAAUGAGCGUACAAAAACCAACUAUUUGAAUAGAAAAACAAGCACACAGAGAAAAUCAUGGAGCCGCCAAGAAAAGGUGGCCAGAGAAACAUAUUCUAGGCAUAUGUUCAAUAGGAGGAACAAAAUUUGAAUUAAAUUGAAGAAAACGUUAUCAUGUAUUAGACUUUAAGUCUUCGAUUGUUUAUUGAAUUUUAUUUGUUAGUUGUAGCGAUUUUCCCAAACCCCACUUUGUAUUUAUUAUGCGAUUGUAAAUUUUUGUUAUUAUUUGUAACCAAAACACUUUUGAAUUGGUCGAAAAUAAUGUUGAAAAGUAUUUGGAAAUUUAAUUUUCUUUACCCUGAAGUACACGGAAUUAUUGUAGCUACUUUAAAGGAACUUGAUAUGAUUUUCUUAUUAUUAUAUUUACCAGUAGGUUUAAGAAAAAUGACACAUUAUGUAACACAUUAAGCUAAGCGGGCUUACGAUUUUAUAACCAAAUUAUAUUCCUAACUAUUCAUACAUACAUCUACAUACAUACAUACCCACAUACCCGUACAUACAUAUAUGCGAACAUAAUUAUUAUGGCUCAUUAACACAACGUAGUUAAACAAGUAAAGGAGUACUGCAGUAAUGUGAAAAUCUUAUAUUGAAUUAUAUUCUUCUUGACAUAAACAAAAUAGACACAACUAGAAAAGGCUUUACCUGUAGAACGACAACAAGAACAACAGAAGGAACCGCAAUAGCGACAGAAACAAAGCAAAACUAUUUAUAUGCAAUGAAAACAUGAUGGAAAACACAAGAGUUUGUAAUAAAGUGAAAAAUGAAUACUAAAACGAA